AAAAUAUCUUCUGCGGUAGUAGAGAACAAUAGAGUAGGUCGGUUAAGUUCGGUUUGCACGAAGAGUUUUUAAUUUGAUCUGGUGCGUUUAAAAAAAAAUCAUUGAUAAUGCGAGAAGUGAUUUCCAUACACAUCGGACAGGCCGGGUGCCAAAUUGGAGAGUCAUGCUGGCCUCUGUUCUGUCUAGAACAUGGCGUCCUUGCUGAUGGUAAACUGGAUGCCAACCAGAAUAUAGACGAAAAUAUGACCACGUUUUUUCACAACACGCAAUCGGGUCGAGUUGUGCCACGAAACAUGUUUAUCGAUUUGGAAAAUUCCGUCAUCAAUGGGAUAAAAGCAGGGCCCUAUAAACAUUUGUACCAUCCGCAGCAUAUGAUCACGGGUAAGGAAGAUGCAGCCAAUAACUAUGCUCGAGGUCAUUACACGGUUGGUCGUCAGAUCAUCGAGCAAGUAUCGAACGCGAUUCGCAAACAGUCGGAACAGUGCGAUGGGCUACAGGGCUUCUUGGUGUUUCGAUCCUUUGGCGGAGGCACUGGUUCUGGCUUUACGUCGUUGUUGAUGCAAAAAAUAGCUAUGGACUAUGGGAAAAAGUGUAAACUCGAAUUUGCGAUCUAUCCGGCACCCAGAAUCUCGACCGCGGUAGUGGAACCGUAUAACAGUGUUCUAACAACACAUACCACGAUGGACAGUUCCGAUUGCUGUUUCAUGAUCGACAACGAGGCUACCUACGAUAUCUGCACUAAAAACCUUCAAAUUGGAAGGCCUGACUAUGGUCACCUGAACACUCUCGUGGCACAAGUAGUAUCAUCGGUUACCGCCUCGCUACGUUUCAAAGGUACGAUGAACGUAGAUUUGAACGAGUUUCAAACCAAUUUGGUGCCCUAUCCGCGAGUCCACUUCCCCCUAGUUGCAUACGCCCCUCUUCUGUCGGCGAGCAAGGCACGGCAUGAAUUCUCUUCCGUGUCCGAAAUCACCCAUGCCGCUUUUAGCCAGGAAAACACCUUAGUCAAAUGCGAUCCGAGAACGGGAAAAUACAUGGCCUGUUGUCUGCUUUAUCGGGGUGAUGUCGUUCCGAAAGACAUCAACAGCGCCAUAGCGGCCAUCAAAGCCAAACGGCACAUCUCUUUUGUGGAUUGGUGCCCAACCGGAUUCAAGAUCGGUAUCAACCAUCAGGCACCUCUUGUACCGCCCGGUGGGGAUUUGGCCAAACCCAAACGAGCUGUCUGCAUGCUUUCGAAUUCGACCGCAAUUUCUGGGGCCUGGGAAAGGUUGAACCAGAAGUUUGAUCUCAUGUAUCGAAAGCGAGCAUUCGUGCAUUGGUACGUUGGCGAAGGGAUGGAGGAGGGUGAAUUUAGUGAAGCUCGCGAGGAUCUGGCUUCCCUCGAACGAGACUACGAAGAGGUCGGAACCGACACUGGUGCAGACGAUUUAGCCGAUGAUGAAUAUUGAGUGUUGUUAUAUGUAUUUUAAUUCGUUUGAUUGUACUGAAAUAAAGUGUAUGUUUAUGUGAAACCCCGAAUUGUUAUUCGGAAUACUGUCUAUUUGACAGUAUUGAAUGUUUUAUAUGUAGUAAUUUUUAGAGAAUUUCA